UGAGCACUGCAUCCAGCUCCAGCUGAGUUUCGUGGCAUUUCGUAGAUGUUGUCUGCUUUGAUAGGUCGAUUCUGCUUUGAAUUUGGUCGCCUUAUUGCUGCUUUUGCAAAAGUAUUUAAACGAGAAUCAUCAUGCGUGGAAAUUUUCGUCGAAAUUCUCGUAUGUUACGUCGCGGCGGGGCCGGUCCGAUAUUGAUGGGAGGAAGACCAAUGCAUCAUAUGUCCGGCUUUAAACCUCGUCCUCAUAUUCUUCGAAUGCCGUUUGAUAUGUUUGUUUCUGAAUCAUUUUACCCACGACUCAAACCCCAACCUGAUGAUAAAGAUCUCACUCAAGCUUUGUUGAAACGGCAUGCUGAGCUUGUCCCUCCUGCCAACGAGCAGACUUCCAUUCAGUGUCUUCUUCUCAAAGUACAGGGGAUUCUUGAAGGACUUACUGUGGCCCCAGGAUCCUUUGAAGCUUGCCAAUUGGAAGAAGUGAGGAUUGUUGGAUCCUUUAAAAAGGGAACAAUGGUCUGUGGGCACAAUGUGGCUGAUCUUGUCGUCAUUUUGAAAACUCUUCCAACACAUGAAGCUAUUCGUUCCCUUGGGGCCAAAAUCUUGGAGGAGGUGCAGAAGCAACAAGCACAAAUAAAUCAUGAACUUGAGAUAACUGACCGAGGUUUUAACAUUCUCAGCGUGACUCCUCCUGAAAAUACAAAAGCGGUCGUUCGAGUUUUAAUUACAACUAUCGGCCGCAACUUUAGGCUCAUCAGCUCAUCAAUGCAUCUAGACAUGAAAUAUCUCCAGUCUCACUUAGCUGCCGUCCGACACAGCCGAUGGUUCGAAGAAAAUGUUAACCACACAUCAGUUAAAGUCCUGAUUCGCUUAUUGCGUGAUAUGAGGACACGCAUAAAAGGACUUGAACCAUUGAGCCCAUGGAUGAUCGACCUUCUGGCUCAUUUUAGCGUACUCAACACCCCUAAUCGACAAGCAUUGUCCGUCAAUCUAGCGUUCCGCCGUGUCAUUCAACUUUUGUCAGCUGGAUUCUUUCUCCCGGGCUCUUGUGGAAUACUUGAUCCUUGUGAGGUGGGAGCCAUUCGCGUUCACAUGGUAAUGACGAUGGAACAGGAAGACUUACUUUGUCGUACCGCCCAGAAUCUCCUGCGGAUUCUUUCUCAUGGAGGCUACAACGCCAUUCUCUGUCUUGAUCAGAAAAAUGUGGAUCCUACUGCUGAAUUGUCUGUAUGGAACGGCAUCGUCGUCACCCCUCAGGACAGUGUCUACGAUUCAACACUAUACGAUAGGAAAACCGGCGAGGAACCCGAAGACGAGGAAGUUGAAGAAGUUGAAGCCCCUACAACAGAGAAAGAAGCCGAUUCUGCCAUCUAAAGAUUUGAUGUUUCCGUGUAUUGACUUUCGGUGUGAACAACAAUGACUAGUUUGGUUCAA